AAUGCUACCCUCAACAAGUUCACAGAGGAACUUAAGAAGUAUGGAGUGACAACUUUGGUUCGAGUUUGUGACGCUACAUAUGAUAAAGCUCCAGUUGAAAAAGAAGGAAUCCACGUUCUAGAUUGGCCAUUUGAUGAUGGAGCACCACCCCCUAAUCAGAUAGUAGAUGAUUGGCUAAACCUGUUAAAAACCAAAUUUCGUGAAGAGCCAGGUUGCUGUGUUGCAGUGCAUUGUGUUGCAGGAUUGGGAAGGGCACCCGUGCUUGUUACACUUGCUUUGAUUGAAUGUGGAAUGAAGUAUGUAGAUGCAGUUCAGUUUAUAAGACAAAAAAGAAGGGGAGCAUUCAAUUCCAAACAGCUGCUUUACCUGGAGAAAUACCGACCUAAGAUGCGAUUGCGUGUCAGAGACACCAACGGGCACUGCUGUGUUCAGUAGAAAGAAGUGUAAACGAAGGCUGACUUGAUUGCGCGCUUAGAGGGAACUCUUGGUACCUGGAAAUGUGAAUCUGGAAUCUGAACUGUGUCACCAAAGUAGUGAUGGAUGUAGUACUCCUCAGCCACUCUCCUAAUGAUUGGAAAAAAGCAAACCAAAAAGAAAUCCCUCUAUAACAUGAAUAAAAUGUUUAAGAAAA